CACACACAGUAUUAAUAGUAGUAUUAGACUAGAGUUGUAUACGACUAUCACUAUGACUAUGAGUGAGUGAGUUAGUGAGUGUGAGUGUGUGUUUGAUAGGGCUAUGAGUUUGUAUUUUGUUGUCACACAAUAUAAUACUACAGUACAGUAGUGUGCGGUCUCUAUAUAUAUAUAUACAUACAUACAGUACAUACAGUGUGUGUGUGUGUGUGUCUGUCUAUUGUAUUGCCAAAUAUAUACAAUAAAAAUAUAUACAUCCAUACAGUCAGUGAUAUAUAUACCAACACUACUACUACUAGUAUUAGUAGUUAAAGUAUUUAUGCAAUUGUGUUGUGAAAUAAAAAAAAAAGUUAACAACAAUUAACAUAUAAUAACGUAAUAAUAAUAAUAAUAAUAAUUGUGUGGACACAACAACAUCAACAACAAUAAUAAUGAAGACACCAUUAAUAGUGUGAUAUAUUAUUAUUGUUGUUGUGUUUAUAAUUAGUGGGCAAUUGAUAUAUCAAUGGAUAUGACGUAUGGAUAGUACAGUAAUAACUAACUAACUAACUAACAAAUAAUAUGAUAAUAAUGUUUGAUAAUGUGAUGGCCGUACAAAUUGGUGGCACAUUAGGCCACGUUUGACGCGCGUCAACACCACCACCACCACAACUACCAGUGCUUAUAUAUCAUUGAUGCCCACAUAUUAUUAUUUGGUCCAUCAUUUGUUGUCUUGAGCUGAAGUGCUGCCACACAUACACACUGCUUAAGUGUUGUUGUUGUUGUCGUCGGUGUCAUGUGUUUAGUGACGACAAGUAUUAUUACUAUUACUAUUAAUUGCUUCUUCAUCAGCAGCAACAGCAUAACCAUACCAUCAACGACACCGACACUACCGAAACCAUAUAUAUAUCAUAAGUAAAUGUACGGACGGAUUGUAACUCACGACCAAAUGGUGGCACUGGUGGCCAAACAACAGCAACAACAAUCGUCGCCGGCUUCUGGAGCAGGAGGAGUGCCACACCACAAACCGCCGCCGCCGCUGCCACCUGUGCUCGACAUUAGCAUCAGUACAUCAUCGAUGAUCAUACCAUCGAUGGUUUCAACUACAUUAACUAAUACUACCACUACUGGAGCCGCCAUUACAACACGGAUACUGCCGCAACCGCCACUACCGCAGCCACCACCAAACCAUCAGUUUCGUGAAUCGCUAACCGGACCCUUACGAAAGUUAAGUGUGGAUCUAAUUAAGACAUACAAACACAUCAACGAAGUGUAUUAUACGAAAAAGAAACGUCGGGCUCAACAAACACAUGGAGACAACGAUGAUGACGACCUGAACGACAAGUCCAGUAGCAAUAAGAAGGAACGUAAACUGUAUAACGAUGGCUACGACGACGACAAUCACGACUAUAUCAUCAGAAAUGGCGAAAAGUGUUUCUUCGAUCGAUACGAAAUUGAUUCACUSAUCGGUAAGGGUUCGUUCGGUCAGGUAGUGAAAGCCUACGAUCACGAAGAUCAGUGUCAUGUGGCCAUCAAAAUCAUUAAAAAUAAGAAACCAUUUCUAAAUCARGCACAGAUUGAAGUGAAACUACUGGAAAUGAUGAACAAUCACGAGUGCAAUGGUACCACUUAUUCAUCGGUUGGCGGCAAAGACAAGAUUGUCAAACUGAAAGGUCAUUUUAUGUGGAGGAAUCAUCUGUGUCUUGUAUUUGAAUUGUUAUCAUAUAAUUUAUACGAUUUGCUACGUAAUACCAAUUUUCGUGGCGUAUCACUCAAUUUGACCCGAAAGUUUGCUCAACAAAUGUGUACAGCAUUGAUGUUCCUGUCCCAACGGGAUCUAUCGAUUAUACAUUGCGAUCUGAAACCCGAAAACAUUUUACUAUGCAGUCCGAAGCGUAGUGCCAUCAAAAUUGUCGACUUUGGUUCCAGUUGUCAAUUGGGUAAACGUAUCUACCAGUAUAUCCAGAGCCGAUUCUAUCGGUCGCCUGAAGUACUAUUGGGUAUACCCUACGACAUGUCUAUAGAUAUGUGGUCGUUGGGUUGUAUACUUGUGGAAAUGCAUACAGGUGAACCAUUGUUUAGCGGUGCCAACGAAGUGGAUCAGUUGAAUAAGAUUGUCGAAGUAYUGGGUAUGCCACCCAAACAUUUAUGUGACCAAGCUCAUAAGGCUAGAAAAUAUUUUGAUAAACUACCCGAUCAUACGAUUGUCCUCAAAAAGACCAAGGAUGGCAAAAAAUACAAAUCUCCAGGUGCUCGUAAACUGAGUGAUAUAUUGGGUGUGGAAACAGGAGGACCUGGUGGACGUCGUUUGGGCGAACCGGGCCAUUCGGUGUCCGACUAUCUGAAGUUCAAGGAUCUGAUACUACGGAUGCUCGACUAUAAUCCUCAGACACGUAUUACACCGUACAGUGCACUACAGCAUAGCUUUUUCAGGCGAACCACUGAUGAAAGUACCAACACAUCCAACAUCAUCAACAACAACAACAACAUCAAUAGCACCAGUUCCAGUACAGACAUUGAACAGAUUACUUGUAAACCAUUGGGUUAUUUAUUUCAUAAUGAAUUCAAAAUCAUUAGUUCACCACAACAUUCAUCAAACACAUUGAAAUAAUAACAAUAUCACAGAUCCGGAGAUUGUAUCAUCACUUGACUACUGUCCAGUAGUAGUAGUAGUAGUAGUAUCGGUAGUCACCACCCGAUAGAGAGAGAGAGAGAGAGAUAGGUUGUAAUAGUAUAGUACAUUACCAUCACAUUUGUCUGUAUAAAAAAACAACAACAACAA